CCUUUUAGAUAUCCGCGUAUUUGUGUUAAGUAGCUCUUGUUGGAGCCGAUUAGGUCACCAAGCCAGUGUCAAGAGCCUGAGGAGGUCACUUGAACAUUCGGAACAGAGAAGUAGGAAAAUGUCUGGGCUUACAACUUGGUCAGGGAAUGACCCUUUGCAGAAAGUUGGCAAUACUGACCACUGGACCAAGAUGAAAUUAAGGGCUGAGAAAACCACUCUGGGACAAGACUAUAAGAACACGUCAGUACCAGAUGAAUUGUUGACCAACAGACCUGUUCGAUACUCAUCCACUGGACCGAGGAAACAUCUGUUGGAGAACUCGUUCCAUGCCAAGGCUAAAGAAGGAGUCAGAUACUGGGAGAUCUAUAGACCCAAACCAACCAAAUACGGCAGGUACGCCAUGGGAGCCUACAAGACAUUCCUGGGUCUAGGAUCAGCGCCUAGGACGUGAAUCUUUCCUUUGAUGUAAAUCUCUCUACAACCGCUUGUUUGGUGCCUGACAUUAGUUCAUUAUAUUGAUUUCUAAACAUUUUUUUUCUAUGCAAAGUUGUUUAAAUAAUUGAAGUAGAAAAUAGUUAUGGAAACAAAAGUGGCUUCCUUGGCUCAGGGCGCUACCUUCUACGCCACUCACAGAAAAAAUCUAAAUUAUUUAAUCCCUUCCCCAAACUUUCGUUACGCGCUCCACUUUCGACCUGAGCGACGCCACUUUGCAAGAUCACAAUCAAGUUGUCUUUGUUUAAUUACAUCUGUAUUGCCUGGUUGUAUCAUUUUGUGCAGCAUUUCAAUUAGAACUUAUUUUAUGAUUGACUGUAGAUGUUGUGUAGACUUAGACUUCUAUUUAUUUCUGUCACUAUCUUUACGUUCAGCAUUACCUAGAUCUAGAGGAUGUAGACGAUGUAGUCAGUCUUAUAGUGUGUGAUUAUUUCUGACAUAGAUACAGUUUGUUUAAUGCUUACCCUAACAUUGUUUUGAUCAGUAUUAAAUAGAAGACUAAAUACAAAAUGUUCUAACUUUGUUUUUAAAUUUCAAUUUUAUGUUGACUUUAAAGGAAACAGAUCGUACUGUUACUUGCCCUCAUACUCCCACGCACACACAUACGCCCACCACACUCACACAAUACGGCAACACACACACACACAUAUACGCCCCAAUCACACAAAAAAACACAUAAAAAACAGACGUUAUUAAGCACCAAAAACACACACGGAAAUAUCAGUAAUAAAUUCACUAUUGAUAAUUAAACCCUAUACAUAUACAGAUUGUCAUUGGAUAUUAUUUUAUUACCUUUAUGUUUGUAUUGGUAUUGAAGGUAUGUUGUUUUUUGUUUGUUUUGUUUUUGUAAUUAAAAAUCUUUAAACGUGAA